AUGAAAGCCAACACGACGCUCGCUGACGUGUUUGCGCAACGUCGAGGCCCCGUCAACCGCUCCUUGUCUGGUCAGGAGAGCUACGAUGUGCUUGGUGUGUCUAAGGACGCUUCCCUUGUGGUGAUCGUUGCUCAGUACAAGAAGAAGUCGCGAGAUCCUAAGGCUCGCGGUCGCGACGAGUCAGGUCGCUCUCGUGAUUCGAGUCUGCUGGGCAAUGACCCGUCCAGCCACUUCGUGUUGGACAUGAUCAGCGGAGUGGCAGGUCUGCUUCCGCCUUUUUAA